UAAAAAAGACACCAAGGACCGAGGAGACGAGACCAGAGCCGGCGGGGAGGCGGUUAUUCGGAGAAGAGGUGAGAUUCGGAGGCGGAAUGCUGCUCCAGCAGCACGGACUCCACUAGACGGUCCGCACAGCUGCUGUCAAAAUGUUCCGGAGAGGUUGUGGCGGGGUGGAGUUGCUGUUGGUGCUGUGUGGCCUGGAUCUCUCCCUGCCCUGCCCUCGACACUGUAUCUGCUACACUAAACCGAGCACUGUUUCCUGCCAGGCACACAACUUCCAUGAUGUGCCCGAGGGCAUGCCGCCUCAGAGCGAGCGAGUCUUCCUGCAGAACAACAAUAUUCAGCGGCUGCUCCGUGGCCACUUCUCGCCCACCACCACAAUGCUGUGGCUCUACUCCAACAACAUCUCCUACAUACAACCAACCACCUUCCACGGCUUUGACCGCCUGGAGGAGCUCGACCUCGGGGAAAAUCGUCACCUGAGGGCCCUUGCUUCAGACACCUUCCUGGGACUUGGACGGCUGCAUGACCUACACCUGCACCGCUGUGGGCUGAUAAGUCUGCCUCCUGGGAUUUUUGCAGGACUCCAUAAUCUCCAGUAUCUCUACCUACAGGACAACCAGUUGGAGUUCUUGGAGGAUGAUUUGUUCAUUGACCUUUUGAACCUCAGUCAUCUCUUUCUGCAUGGUAACCGUCUGUGGAGCCUACGCCAAAACACCUUCCGUGGUCUAGGGGUGUUGGACCGCCUGCUUCUUCACCACAACCAAAUUCAGUGGGUUGACCGCCAGGCUUUUCAUGACCUGCGGCGUAUCACCACACUGUAUCUGUUUAAUAACUCUCUGAACGAGCUUUCUGGUGCCACCUUGACUCUGCUGCCGGCACUGGAGUACUUACGACUGAAUGACAACCCGUGGGAGUGCGACUGCAAGGCCCUGUCACUUUGGGAUUGGCUACGGAGAUUCAGAGGCUCCACCUCCUCGGUCAUGUGCGCGUCACCACCAGAGAUAGCCGGGAAAGACCUGAAAACACUGAAGAAAGAAGAGCUGCCAAGUUGCUUGUCAGGAGAGGGCCAUGCACAUGGCAGCGUGGGUGGGGAGCUGGAGCAGGGUGAGUCCUUGAACCACCUGAAUCGUCACAGAAACCAUCACAAUCACCAUCAGCAGCCGUACUUGCCCCAUGGUGACCAGUACAGUCUGCCUUCACCUUCGCCCCUGCCUCGACCACCCAAGGGAGGCCGCAGAAACUGUACAAGGCGGGGCCGCAAGGCAAAAGGGGGGCUUAAUGAAGUGCAGGUACUAAGGGAGGGGGGUGAGAAAGACUAUACCCCUGAUGGAGGUAAAAAUGAACUGACAACUGCCAGAAAGAGGGAGUGCAUCCUGAGAACUUCUGUUGGUCCACCAAGUGGGGUCCAGAGAGUAAAUAAUAAAUCAGUGUCCCACCUUCUGGGUUCUAUUAUCUGCUUCCCUUUGGCUCUGCUGCUGUCACUCAGUUCAGUGAUCCCACGCUGAGAGAGGCCAUUGACAUUUUUGUGCCAAUGAUGCAACCUUCUGAUUAAUUUUUGUUCGCCCUGGCUCUUUAAAUGAGGCAUGUGUGCAUAACUGUGCUUGUACAUGACUGUGUAUAAAGAACAUCAUCAAAUAGCUAUUGUUGAAGUAUGCCUGUGGUGUGAAGCAGGGAUCUUUAUGAGUCAUAAUUAAGCAUUGAAGUCAGGGAAAACUUCAGCCUGUUGCAGUGAUGAUGUCACCAAGGGAAAACAGCAGGAAAACUUUACAUUUCUCUCCAUGGUAUCAAUUUCAUCACUCAUUUUGUGUUGUCUUAAACCUGUACAGCCAUGUCUAAUGAUAAGCUAAUGAUUAUUUCAAAUAAUAAUAGAAAACACAACAAACACAGUGAGUGUGAAAAAGUCAUGCAGCACCAUCACGCACACUCAUUGUUACUUUCAACAUCUAGAAACGAAACACAAAAGACUGUGGCAGCAGCGCAAGCCAUCAGAAGAGCUGUUCAGCUGUGAUAACUCUCGUGACCAGCUAAAAACAGCGGAUUUAGCUUCAGUUUGUGCACGUCUGAUCGUUGAUUUCUGUCUAAACUCUCAAACAGGAGUUGAGGCACAUCUAUCGGUGUCGGUAAUGUUACUUUAAAACCUGCCCUGCUGAGAGGUGACCCUUUUAUCCAAACAUUUAAAAGCCAUCCAGAAGUAACUUACUGCCGUUCAGGCUGAGUGAUCUCUGAUAUGAGUGAGUGAGGAUUAUCGUGUUAGUCUCUGUGUGUUUGCUUCUUUUCUUGUAACCACUAAAGCCAUGAAGGUAGUUCACAGCUAGAUUGUAAGAGUGCCUAAUGAGAGCCAGCGGCCAAUGAGGGCUGAUUUUGGAGCAAUCAGAUGGUUUCAUUUCCUUUUCAACCUCACUGACUACCAAACAGUCAGGCCUGGGAUACGCUUCAGCCUGUGCCCAACAUUGAAAAACUUUCCCACACAUUUCUAUGUUGCUGCCAGACCUGUUGUGGAAGUCUAUGUCCUUCAAGCAGAGAUGAGUCAGAGUGAGUCUUUCAUUGAGGGAGUGAUGACGGAUAAUCCGUUGCUGAAGAUGAAGGAAACAAAAGCACUGCACAGGGUAAAAGUACUGACACACUGCUGCAGGAUUUUUUCAUGUCAUCUAUGGUGUGUUUGUCACACUCCACAGCAGAUGGGCCCGAUGAGCUCCAACCCCCGAUUGGAUAUUUAGAUUCUGAUGGAGGC